AUGCCUCGCCAAAACAACGUUAAUAGCACUUCUGUGCCCGAAUCUUCUUAUUUUCUCCGCAGACGUACCAACGCAAUGAAACCGUUCGUCAGUGACCAGGAGGUUCAUAUUACACGUGGCUCUAUUGUCAGUCAUAUCAGCACGCUGGUCCUCUUUCUGUGUCUCUGGUUGACUGAUGUCAGUUCCAGGCCCAAUUACAAAUACCUUCUGCAAGCUGAAUCGCCCAGCGGUCCGGAGCUCCGGAAUUCCUACGAUACCUGGGAAUCCGCCGCUUCAGUUGCACCAUGGGAACCCCCAGUAGCCCCAGCAGAUGAAGAUGAUAAUCAGCGUAGUGAAGCACUUUCCUGGAAUCAUCAAACAAACAUAGAGCGCGAUUACCAUUACACAUCUCGCAUGUACUAUACACUCACUUUAUUGAACGAUACAAAUGCUCUGUGCAAUGACGGAACUCAGGCAGGUUAUUACUAUCGACGGUCAAAAGGGGGAAAUUCACAAAAUUGGCUUAUAUUCCUUGAGGGUGGAUGGUAUUGUUUUGACAACACCACCUGCCAGCUACGUGAAUCAAGUACCUUCUCCCUGUUUUCUUCAAGUUCUUGGCCGCAGCAACGACCCUCGUCGAAUUCCUUUGUUCUUGUCAUCACUAACAUGCGCCUGACCGCGAACUGUUUAAUCAGUUUUAUUUGCGAAAGUCAACAUCGAAUGUUCCUUUCACUAGAUGAAUUCUAUGUGACAAAUUCUGGACAACCAAUCAACUUUCGAUUCACGCGUAACUCCACACUUCUGUUUUUGUCCCGCCUCAUUUCAAUGCUGAAUAACCGAAGCAAACAAAGUCGGCACCAACCAGUAUUUUCUCAUACAUCCUACCCACGGAAACCUACUGCAAAUGAUCCUGGUGAGAUCAGCCAAAAUUUACGGACCUCCGAAACUCUGCUUGUCAAUUCGAACAAAAAAUCCUUGCUUCAAUACGAGCCUUCUUCAGCACUGAUCGUAAGGCCACAUGGUUCGCGUGAACAGAGGAGUCUACUGUGGCCGCAGUACAGAAGAGCAUUAAAGGGCCUUCCUUCCCCAGAUUCAUCACAUGUGCCUAGAAAUGAGUACUUGCUUUAUCAUCUUAUUGACUCGUGUGGUUUGGCUGCUGGAUCCAAUAGGCAUGGUCCUUAUGUUUGCUCUGAAAAGGACCCAGAAUCAGCCACUAAAAUACAGAUUAAAAAUCAUCGUGAAGAUCAACUGGAUAAUCUGAUCCCACAGUGUAACCCGACCUGUGGAUUCCUGUCAAAUCCUCAAAGAAUGAAGCUUGUGGAUGUUCUUGCUCUGUAUGAGAUCAACACGGAAGUCUUGGCUAAAAUAUUAGGCCUGACGUCUUCGGAACUUCGAAACUUGAAGUCUGAAGAACAGAUGAAGUUGCUGUUUUGCGGAAACAGUCGGCUAAAGCGCCAUCUUUUAUCGCGCCGGCGGCGUGGCACAAUUUAG